ACAAACAUUGAAUUGAACAUUCUCGUAUUGGACAUCGACGAGACAUGUCAAAUAGAUUUUGGUUCAUCUUUUAAUAUUGAACCAUAGAUAUUUUUUUCUCGAUUCAUUCGCAUCAAAGUCAAUCGAUUGAUAUCAAGCUGCAAUUUAUUUUAUAGACCGUUAGUUUUCUAGUGUCUUUUUGUGAUACAUAUUGGAAAAAAAAUGUUGACUUUUCUACUGUUAUUAAGUCUGGUGUUUGGUGUUUUAUUCGUACUGUAUGUUUACAUCCAGUUUCAAAAAUCGUUUAAGCUGUGGUCUUCACAGGGAGUGCCAACGAUCCCACCUUCAUUUCCAUCAGGUCAUUUAGAUUCACGAAUGGCCUACAUGAACUUCGGUUUAAUGGCAAUCGAUUUAUAUAAAAAACUCAAAUCAAAAGGUGACUACGUUGGCUUGUAUUUUUUGAAUAAGCCCGUAUUAUUUGUGCUUACGCCCGAAUUUGCGAAAACUGUUUUGGUACGUGAUUUUUCGUAUUUUGUAAAUCGAGGUGUGUAUUUUAAUAAAGAAGAUGAUCCACUGUCUGCCAAUUUAUUUUUCAUUGAGGAUAGUGAUUGGCGUAGAUUGCGCAUUAAAAUGACACCAACUUUCACCAGUGGAAAAAUUAAAAACAUGUUUUUCACGAUAAAAGAUGUGGCCGACGAAAUGGUAAAACAUUUAGAAACGAAAUGGCAAAACAAAAGAGCAAAUAGUGAAUUCAAUAUUGAAAUAACUGACUUGAUGGCACGAUACAAUACGGAUGUAAUAGUUUCAUGUGCAUUCGGCACACAGUGUGACAGUUUGUCCAAUUCAAAAUCAGAAUUUCGUGCGGUGGGUAAAAAAAUGCUAACAUUUAGUCGUAUUCGUUUAUUAAAACUGUAUGCGGCCAUGCUAUUUCGACGACCGGCACGAGCACUUGGCUUUCGAUUGUUGCACAAUGAUGUAUCGGAAUUCAUAAUUGCAAUGUGUAAAAAAACGAUUGAAGAACGCAAAGCGAAACAUAUCGAACGGCGCGAUUUCAUGCAAUUGAUGAUUGAUUUAUACCGUGAAGACAACGACGAUGUAAACAGUGAUGGUGAAGGUCUAUCGCUGAAGGAUAUCGCAGCACAAGUGUUUUUGUUCUUUUUUGCUGGAUUUGAAACUUCAUCGACAGCAAUGACUUAUGCACUUUACGAGCUUGCUUUAAACAGGGUGAUUCAAGAUAAAGUGCGCACCGAAAUAAAUGACGUUUUAAGUCGUCAUGGUGGUAAAAUCACCUAUGACAGCUUAAUGGAAAUGACUUAUCUCGAUCAAGUGAUUUACGAAACGAUGCGGAUGCAUCCGGCAGUCGGGACACUACAUCGAAUCAUUAGCAAGGAUUAUACACUUCCCAAUGGAGCCGUUGCACCAAAGGGCACUUACGUGAUUAUUCCGGCUGUUGCAUUUCACAACGAUGCUGAAUUGUUUCCAGAUCCGCAACGUUUUGACCCAGAUCGUUUUAGCGAUGCAAAUAAAUCGACACGACAUGCGUUCGCAUAUCUGCCAUUUGGUGAAGGACCUCGAAUUUGCCUUGGCGUACGCUUCGGCAUGUUGCAAACAAAACUCGGAUUAGCGAUGCUGUUGAAACAUUUUCAAUUUGAAACUUGUGCAAAAACUCAAAUUCCAAUUAAAAUUGAUAAUGUUUCGUUACUAUUAUUACCAUCAUCGGGAGUUUGGCUGAAAGCGAACAAAAUGUAACCGACAGACAGAUACACACACACAUACACACCACCCAUUUUGACUUUUCAUCUCUUCUUUUACUGCUUGAUCGCGUUAGAUUUUUUUUGUUAAUGAAAAUAAAAGAACUCAACUCAAAACAUGAACAUCCCACACAUUGUACU